CAGCCGGCAGCUCACAAGCUGAUAGCCUACCUGAAUUGUCCGAAACGGAGACCCGGGGUCUUGGCCGGCUGCACGUUAGCAGUAAGGACAUUCACACCCGAGCUACAGUCAACGAUGAUGGCAGGCUCGAUGUACAUAUCAACCACUGUUCAAAUCGCCUAGAAAACCAGGUGUUGCCCACACUACAUACCCACGUGAGACCCCAGGAGGAAGGUCCCAAGGCUCCCGUCGAAUCUCUCCCGCAUUACAUGGUCAAAGAUUUCGCUGGGCUCCCCCCACCACGAAUGAACAUUGUCAUCCAUGUCGUUGGUUCGCGUGGUGAUGUUCAGCCUUUCGUUUCUCUGGGUCAGGUCCUUCGCGAGCAGUACGGGCAUCGUGUCCGUCUCGCGACCCAUCCGGUUUUCCAAGGCUUUGUCGAAGAGAAUGGGCUCGAAUUCUUCAGUAUUGGGGGUGAUCCUGCCGAGUUAAUGGCAUUUAUGGUGAAGAAUCCUGGCUUGAUGCCUACCUUAGACACUAUUAGACGCGGGGAGGUCGGCCGACGACGUCGAGGCAUGUAUGAAAUCCUGAAGGGGUGCUGGAGAUCUUGCAUCGAAAUGGGAAACGGCUUGGACAAGUUCGAUUCCUCCCAAAUCCUUUCCAACCCAUCUAGAAACCUUCACAGACCAUUUAUUGCAGACGCCAUCAUUGCAAAUCCUCCAAGCUUUGCUCAUGUCCAUUGCGCUGAGAGGCUCGGCGUCCCUCUCCAUAUGAUGUUUACCAUGCCUUGGUCGCCAACACAGUCAUUUCCGCAUCCAUUAACAACAAUUCACCACUCGAGCGCGGAGCCAAGCAUGACGAAUUUGAUUUCGUAUGCCCUGGUUGAUAUGAUGACCUGGCAAGGCCUCGGGGAUAUUGUGAAUCGGUUCCGGACAAAAAUAUUGGACUUGGAACCUGUCAGUCUUAUGUGGGCUCCUGGCAUGAUAUCCCGAUUACGGAUUCCGUUCACCUAUUGCUGGUCCCCGGCACUCAUCCCAAAGCCUCGGGACUGGGGCGAUAAUAUUUUCCUGUCGGGAUUCUAUUUCCUGUCCCUAGCCUCGGCGUACACUCCGGAUCCAGAACUGGAAGCUUUUUUAAACAAAGGACCUCCCCCAGUUUAUAUCGGAUUUGGGUCCAUAGUUGUGGAUGACCCGGACACUAUGACAAAGUUGAUUUUCGAGGCCGUGAAGAAAGCCGGCGUCCGGGCCAUUGUUUCUAAAGGGUGGGGUGGCCUCGGUGCUGAUGAGCUAGAGAUUCCUGAAAAUAUAUUCCUGAUUGGGAACAUACCCCACGACUGGCUCUUCAAACGUGUGUCUGCGGUAGUGCAUCACGGCGGAGCAGGUACUACUGCAGCCGGUAUUCUGGCAGGGAAGCCAACAGUUGUGAUUCCAUUCUUCGGAGAUCAACCAUUCUGGGGAGCCAUGACCGCACGCGCUGGCGCAGGGCCGGAUCCCAUACCGUACAAGCGUCUUACUUCCGACAAUCUUGCUGAUGCUAUCUUGAAAGCACUCUCACCGGAAACUAAAGAGAAAGCGAAGAAGCUCAGUGAAGGAAUUUCGAAAGAUGAAGGAGCAGUUGCAGGCGCUCAAAGUUUCCAUAGAAUGUUGGACGUUGACAGGAUGCGUUGUAUGGUCUGUCCGAAUCGAGUAGCAGUUGCGAGGAUAAGGAGGACAAACAUAAGGCUUAGUGCGUUGGCGGUAAUUGUUCUGGGCGAUGAGGGUCUAUUGAAGUGUUCCGAUAUUAAACUUUAUCGCUCACGGGAAUAUUGUACUGGAGAGCAGCCCUGGGACCCAAUAACUGGUGGGGCUUCUGCCAUCCUUGGUACUGUCAGUAGCAUGAUGAUUGGAAUCGCGGAUGUUCCUGUCGAAAUCAUUUCGCAACUGAGGUCUAUAGUCGAUAAGGGUCCUUCAAAAGGUACUACCAAGCCGGCAUCGACAACUUCGACCCGAUCCAAGUCCGACUCGAUUUCUUCAAGACGAAGGCCCGACUCAGUCGCUUCUGGAAGCACGAAUAUAACUGACCCCACCAGUAUUGAUGCCACUAACUCUGAUCGAUCAGAAGGUGGUAGGCAGAGCGAAGAGCGCCAUGCUGAGCCGUCUCCCAGAACUUCAGAGACAAGUCGACAUAACAUUGGUGUCCAUCCGGCUCCUAACCCUGAGCAUGACCAUCUCAUAGAUCCAGUGGACCGCGUUCCGAACAGUGCUCUUGAGAGGGCAGAAGAAGGCAUCUCCAGAAUCGCCAUUACAGCACUGCGUCCGCCCAUGGACUUCAGCAUGGCUCUCGCCCGCGGGUUCCACAACGCCCCGAAGAUUUACGGCGAUGACACGGUACGCCCAAGUACCAAGGUCGACGACUUCAAAAGCGGGCUAUCGGCUGCCGGAAAGGAGUUCGGGUUCGGAUGGUAUGACGGUUUGUCCGGGUUGGUGACGCAGCCCAUCCACGGCGCGAAGAAACAUGGGGCCAAGGGCUUCCUGGCAGGGGUUGGCAAGGGGGUUAGCGGACUCGUGCUAAAACCAGGGGCCGCUAUCUUCGGGCUUGGCGGGUAUACCUUCAAAGGCGUCUAUCGAGAGAUCCAACAGCAUAUGGGGUCGACAACACACAGCUACAUCAUAUCAUCGCGUAUCACCCAAGGACACGAGGAUUUUGAGGCAUCAACCGAGGAAGAACGACGCCAGAUCAUCGAGAACUACCACAAGAUCAAAGCGGAUCCGCAGUUGAUGAAGGAGAAAGUGCACCACGACCCCAUCGCUGCGCUCAAGCCGCACCACUAUCCUCCUUCGUCGUCAGUGGAAAGCGACAUUUCGUCGCAGAGACAGCACGAGAGUGAGAAUGAGAGACAUGGGCAUUCCUGGAAACACCACUUCAUGAAACACCGCAAUAGCUCCUCACCCGACAUUGCAAGCGAACCAGGGGAGGCAGAGUCCCGGCGUGGUCAUAAGCACCGGCAUUCAUUGAGAGAUCGUCUUCCACAUCUGCGGCACAAGGAUAGUGACACACCUAGGGACGGCACUGCUACUCCCUGAUCGUGCACGAGAAACGCGGUAACGUCUUGAGUUGUUCAGUAACGAAAAUAGGAUAUAGAGCGAAAAUUGUCUGUUUCUCGUGGGUGAAUGGAUGGAUACCUAAAUCGGUAAUUUCAGGGUCUAAUAGAUUUGUUAUGCUGCCACAGAGGGAAUGGAGUAGUAGGAAUAGGUAUACCACGGGCUUCUCACUUAUGUACGAAUAUAAUUAUGUAUCACGUAUUGUAUACCAUGACCAC